UGGUCUGGGUGACCACGUCUUCAACUCAGCCCCACGGCAUUAAUAUUCGUUAAACACCGUUGUCAGCAACCAGAUUGUAUUCCUAAAACGGCAUAUGCUGUCGCGUGUUUGGUCGACGUCGAUAGUGGUCAUCGAUAUUCUGGUGGGGACUUUAACGGCUUAACUCCGUAUUCCUGCAGUUGGGCGGACUUCAGACAACCCGACUUUACGCAAUCCGAAACUCCGUUGGGGGCUACAUCUCCUGAGAAACCUCAACUAAUUUAUUCUUAAAAAGACUGGCAACGUUUCUGCCUCAGUCUCUGUUCUUUUUUGGUCAUUUUAAUUUCAUCAUACAUCCUUCACCAUGUCUAAACCUGUUGCUCUUGAAGAUGUUACUGGCGGAAGCGCAAAGGCUACUCACCUUUGUGUUUUAGUUCACGGCCUUUGGGGGAACCCAAGUCAUAUGCGCAAUGUUGCUAAGGCUUUGCGCGACGAAUAUUCCGAAGACGAAUUAUAUAUCCUGCCUGCCGAGAAGAACUGCGGCAACUUCACAUACGAUGGCAUCGAGCUUGGUGGCGAGCGCGUGUGCGCAGAGAUCGAGGACAAGUUGCGCAACAUUGAAGAGCAAGGAGGCAAGAUCACCAAGUUGAGUAUUGCAGGAUAUUCCCUCGGUGGUCUAGUCUCGCGAUAUGCGGUUGGCUUGCUUUAUGCGAAGGGGAUUCUCGAUGAUCUUGAAUGCAUGAACUUUACCACAUUUGCAUCCCCCCAUCUCGGAGUGAGAACGCCACUUAAAGGAUGGCACAACACCGUUUGGAACGUCCUCGGCGCCCGAACCCUAUCAAUGUCCGGUCGCCAACUUUUCACCAUCGACAAAUUCCGCGACACCAACCGACCUCUUCUCGCGGUGCUCGCCGAUCCAGAUUCUAUCUUUAUGUCCGGUCUCAAGAAGUUUAAGCGCCGCACCCUAUACACAAAUAUUGUCAACGAUCGAAGUGUGGUACACUACACAUCCGCCAUUACCAAACAUGAUCCUUAUACAGACCUUGAAAAAGUCAACCUCAACUACCUUAAGGGAUACGAGGGUGUGAUUCUUGACCCUGACCAUCCUAUUGCGCUUCGACCAAAACUUCAACAAGAUACCCUAUUGACGGACUACGAAGCUCUCAAGAAGUGGGUCAAGAGCAUACCAUUUAUGGUGACAGUCGGUGUUAUAAUUCCGAUCGGAGUUGUUGUUUUCCUCGCCAACUCUGCUGUCCAAACAGUUCGAAGCGCCAAUCGAAUCAAGGCGCACGAGUCCGGAGAGGCUGGAUUGAAGAUCGAGCAGUACCGCAUGCCCCUACGGAUUAAGGAGAUUCGAGAAGAAGUCGAACAAGCCUACGAGGUCCUCAACAGCUCACAGAACCAGCAAUACUUGGCAGCGUCAGAUUCAGAAGAUGAUCUGGCCUAUGAUGCCGAGGAUCGCAAGCUGCUGAAGAAAGAGCGCAGAAUGUCGACUCCUGGACAGCCUACGCUUGCGCUGACCCCUGAUCAGUUUGAGAUGAUUGAGAACUUGGAUGAAGCUGGCUGGCGCAAGUUUCCUGUUCACAUUCAGAAGCAUCGACAUAGCCACGCGGCUAUUGUCGUGCGCAUGGAUAAGGAGAGUUUCGCUGAUGGUUGGGUUGUUUUGAAGCACUUUGCUGGAAGCGAGUUCCUCAUGUAAGGGGAACAUCCCAUUGCAAUGGAUCAUAAUGGAUUUAUGCGGGAUGCAUUUGCGAGGCGUUUGGGAUACUUUUAAUAUGGUUGGGACAUAUGGAUAGAAUUGGAGUUUGAUAUAAUGCCCUUUAUUAGACACAGGCAAGAAAACCUUUAGGACGGAUAUGUUAGCGCGUUUAGCGAUGAUACUCAUUAAUUCAUGGAAAAACGAUGAUUUAUAAAAUGUGUGUAGCCGAUCUCAAAUGAAAAGCAGAUCUAACAAUGAGAUAUUGACUUCCA